AAAGGCCGAGAAGAAGGAGAUUUUAUGAUAAAGCAGCUCUUUCUUUCUUAAGUCCGUCACGAAGGUCCCCAGGAUCAGGAUAACUCAGUCAUCACAUACUAAGUUACUAGCUCGAAAGGACUCUUAUCCUGGGAGUGGAUCAACAGCUCUGAAUAACAUGGGUAGCCUCGAACGUCUUUCUGUAGUUUCCGGUUUUAUAAGAACUCAUCUCGUCUUCGACAUUCAUUGUGCUAUCUCUCAAAAUUAAACCCAGCGAACGUUGAGAGGGACUCUCUUCCAACCAACUAAUCUCUCGAAUCUCUUUGGUUGGAAGGGCACCAUCCCUUCUGAACAAAACAUGGGAGUGUCGUCGUACACUGUUCACUACUAUACGUAUGUAGGGGGAAAGAAGAGGAAGAUAGCCAAGAGGGCUUUGGCUCACUCGCUGAGGCUCUUUAUUUUCAACAAGGGACUCGUAGCGAUGCGUCUCUCUCCGCAUCUUUCCACAUUAUUUCAUUGCUUGUUAAGACCAACUUGAAGUCAACCGUUUCACCUCUGCGCUUCUCAAUCGUUUGUUUAAGACCGUCCCGUAUAUCUCUGUUCCAACCCCAUUUCCGGUUCCUUUCAACUAUACUGUAGAAUGUUGUGAGCCUUGAUAUCCGCAUACCCUAAUUGAUGAGGAUCAUGAUCCAGUAAAGAAAGGAAGGAAGGCAGUCCCUUCCAACCUGUCGCUCCCUGUUAUCUAUCUUCCAAGUUUGCUCCCUCUCUGCGUUCAUCCUUGAACAUUGACUGAGCAGGCUCUCUUCAAAACCAAUCAUUUUCUCAAAGAAGUCUGUUGCUAUGUUUGGUUGAGUUUGUUUUCUGUCCUGUCAGUCCUCUUGCCAUGAGAAAAAAUGCGCUAGGGGAAUUGAUCCUCCAGACUUCUUCCUCUUCGGUGUUCCAAAGAACCAGAGAGGGGUCCCAAACUUCGAGGAGAGAAGACGUGGAAGAAGAGGAGCCACAGAAAGAGCAGCCUGAACAUGUCCAUAUGGCCCGACUUUGCAGGAAUAAAAAUGCCGCUUUCGGCUGUUUCCCCUCGUUGGUUUCCCCUUCUUGGGUCGUUAUGGCUGAAAUAAACAACCGCGGAAUAAAACGGCUCUUCAUCCCAGGACAUCAUACUUUCAAGAGAAGACAACGCCUAGGAUCCCACAAAAAGACCAAGCCUUGAGUUGAACGGAAAAUGCCAGAUCACAAUUAAACGCACUUUUCAAUUUCAGACCAGUUUGGUUCUAGUCAAAGAAAAAAGAAAAAGCCAUCAAAAACGUUAGGUGAAGUAGAAUCGAGUAUGACAAGUCAGUUGACGUUUUUUUAAUGUCGAAAUAAUACAGAUUAUUCCUAGCGUGACCUGAAAUAUUGACUUUUGAUUUCGAGCCGCUUGAGCAACCUGUAAUUUGUUCAGUUUGAGAUGGCAUUGAUUUUUGCUUGUGAUAUUUCACAAGGUUUUGGUUGUCAAAGCAGACCAAGGCAACUCAGUCAGAUAUCCACAACAAAGGCCACAUCAAUCGCGAGCAGUCUUUUCGGACAUCGGGUACUUACUAUCCCCAGUGUAUCCGCCAUGAUCAUCAACUUGGUCGUGGUCCUAUUUCUACUUCAAGUCCAAUUGGCUUUCUGCUAUUUCGACGUUCAUCGGUGGAAGUACAUUGGCUAUCAAAACGUUUGGCACGAGGGCAAUAGCCACAAGGUUCAAGAUGUCAAACAAUUUACCAACGAUCCCGAUCGAAGUGUCGAGUUUUGCGCCAAUUUCUGCACACUUGACUCAACAUGUGACGCCUUUUACUUGAGCCAAUCUGAAGAGGGCAAUUGUCAUGUGGUGGACGAGGAUUCUUCGGCUAUCCCACGGACCUAUGGCCACGAAUGGAGAACGGGCAAAAUGUACUACGUGAAGGAGUCUGUGGCCUCCAAUUUUUCUGAUGUCCUCCCUUUGCCCGACUUGUUCGAAAUACCUUGUGACGGCGACAACUUCACAUUAGAGGCCAGUCAAUGCGAUCAAUUUCCCAAGCAGAAUGUGACCUACUACUCGUGUCCAUUCUCGAGCUCAAGGUAUGAGGACACGAUCCUGGAGAUACCCGAUUCAAAAUGCCCGGGCGAGGAUCGCUUACUUUUGUGUGAACUCCAUGGUCGGAACAUUGAGACCAACGUUGCGGGCAACACGAGAACCAUUUUCGAACCGACAUUCAUAAAAACGGCGCACAACGGACAAGGUUUGACAGUGCACGGUCUUCAAUGGUUGACAAUCCAAUUCCGUCAGGCACCAAAGAAGCUCUCAAGGCUGAUCAUCCGCACUGUGGAUCACCACGUAGAGCGCAUGAAGUUUGCCAAACUGACAAUCCAUUCUGGGCAAGAACAGGACACGAUCGACAUUGACAUUGGAGCCCAACCCUUGGGAAGCACUUGUGCUGUUCUCGUCAACUUCGAUUACACCAACACUUGGACGGCAUUGAAUGCGGAUAAACUCGUGAUUCAUGAUACUCAAUGGUAUGGCUUCGAUCAGCGAGGCUUUAAGUUGGAUAUCUUCGUCAAACCUCCAACCCUAUUGUCCAAUAUGACUUUGUCGGAUGGGUGUUCUUGUACAUGCCCCACCGAGGUCAUGCCUUUUCAGGAUCCAAACUCAUUGGCAGCCCCGUUAACGCUGGAUGAUUUCCCAGAAACCUGUCGGUGCUCUUGUCCAGUCAUUGAGCCUGUUCCAAAAACUCAAUUUUGAAAUAAAAAACGAAAAUAAACAUAGAGAACACAUCUUU